AUGGGUUCAGUCUCACAUCCCGACGCAGAUAUCUACCCAGAGGCAACAGGCCCUGCAGCCAAGAUUGUCGCGGCGCAUCAAAAGGACGAGCCCAUCACUUUGUACUCGGGAUGGUUUUGUCCCUUUGUGCAAAGAGCAUGGAUCACUCUUGAGGAGAAGCAGAUUCCGUACAAGUACGUCGAGAUCAAUCCAUAUCGGAAGGAACCAAGUUUUCUGAAGCUCAACCCGCGAGGUUUAGUCCCUACAUUGGGAUGCCCUCAAGAGGAUGGGUCAACCAAGCCAUUGAUCGAGUCCAAUAUCAUCUGCGAAUAUCUGGAAGACAUGUAUCCUAACCAGACACCUUUGUGGCCCCGCGACCCCUACAAAAAAGCUGUCAUGAAAGUCUGGGUCGAUCACAUCACGACCAGGAUCCUGCCGGCAUACCACAGGGUCCUGCAACACACAGAUAAAAGCCCGUAUCCCUUGGAGAAAGCACGCACCGAGCUUCUGAACGCCCUGAAGACAUGGAUUUCCAACGCUGAUCCUGAAGGUCCAUAUUUUAUGGGCAAAGACUUCACUUUCGGCGACGUAGCACUCGCACCCUGGGCCGUCAGGAUGUGGGUGCUCGAUCACUUCAAGGGUGGCUUGGGCAUCCCCCCUCCAGGUCAGGGCGGCGAGGACGAGCAACUGUGGAAUCGAUGGCGGAAAUGGUUUGAUGUCGUAUCGUCGAGGAAAUCAGUGACUGAGACCAUGAGUGACAAGGAGCACUACCUGCCUAUAUAUCAGCGUUAUGCCGAAGACCGGGCGAUGAGUGAAAUGGCCAAAGCGAUUAGAGAAGGAAGAGGGGUGCCAUGA